UUUAUCCUGCAGCUGCUCUGGAGUCUUGGAAAGAGCCACUUGAAAUCUUUUGGAAAAGCUUUUAAAUAUAAAGUCACCAUCUCUGAGCUGAGGAGAACUGGAGCAGCAACGGUCAACCAAUGCAGAAAGGAGGAGAGAGACUGAGGAAGGAAACUACAGAGGGGCAGAAGGUUCUCAGAUUGGCAGUCAGAAAACACAGAGGUGAACUGGCUGUUUUGGGAUAAUGAUGAAAAGGAAGAAGAAUUUAGUGGAGGACAGCUCCACACUUAUCGCCCUCUCGGACCAUCCUGAACAAACCUACGGGAGCAUGGAGAUGAGUGCGGCACCUCAGGAAAACAUGAACGUGUUCAGUGAUGGGGUCACCCGGAUCGAUUUUGUCUUGGUGUGGGAGGAAUUUGUGAACCCCCUGAAGUUUGCAGAAUCAGAUGAAGUAUCGUCGGGUUCCUCGCGUGACACUCACAGGAAGUGGAGGACAGAGUUUCUUUCCAGACUCCGGACUGCCGGCCUUCAUCAGGAGACGAAAGAGGUUUUACAGGGAAAAACAAAGACUACUUACGUCCUUCUGAGUGCGCCCUGGAAUAUUCUGUGUUAUUAUGCUGAGGAAAUCAGCCUUCGAGUACCAUUACAGGUUGUGACAACUCCAAUAUCAAACUGGUCUGAGAAGAUCCUAGAAAAACUGCAUAUCCCAAACAUAAUGGCACAAGAUGUACCCAACCUUCCACCGGACUACUACACCUGCCAGUUCCACACCAAUAAACUAGAGAGGUUUCUUGGUCAUGAAAACAAGGAUACGUUUUUCAAGACCACACAGAGGCAUCAGAUACUGUAUGAGAUAUUAGCCAGGACUCCAUAUGGAUCGUUGACUAGAGGGGAGGUUGGCAUUGGCAGGCUGGUUAGUGAGAAUGUUCUCACUGCUGCUUUUCCUUUACAUGAGGGUCCAUCUGAGAUGCCGAAGACUCCAAUAGAUCCACAGUCUCUCAACAUGAGACAGAUCCUGCAUCACUACUGGGCUCGCUGGGCUUGCUGGAGGAAGUACCAACCUGUGGAUCACAUUCGUGAAUACUUUGGCGAGAAGAUAGCACUCUACUUUGCAUGGUUGGGUUUCUACACAGGCUGGUUAUUACCAGCAGCAGUAGUGGGUUUUAUUAUUUUUCUGUUUGGUAUCUGGCUGAUGAUCACUGAUGUGGCAGCAGAAGAGCUGUGCUCCAGUGGAGACGCCUUUGUCAUGUGUCCACUAUGCAACAUCUGCAGCUACUGGAACCUCUCCAGCAUCUGCUAUACUUAUAAGGCAGGCUUGCUAUUUGACAAUGGAGGAACUGUGUUCUUCAGUAUAUUCAUGUCUCUGUGGGCCGUCACCUUCCUGGAGUACUGGAAACGCACAAGCUCCAUACUCUCCCACCGAUGGGACUGCUCCGAAUUUGAAGAAAUAGAGGAGAGGCCAAGACCAGAAUUCACAGCACUGGCGCCCAUGACGGUUCGUAAUCCUGUGACUGGGGCUGAAGAACCCUAUUUCCCAGAGACUCAACGACUGAGUCGUACUCUAACUGGUAAUAUGGUCAUCAUUCUAAUGAUUGCCAUUGUUUUGAUUUUCCUAAUAGCCAUUAUCCUGUAUCGAACUAUCCUAAGCAUCAUUAUCUACAGAUCGCAGAAUGCCUUCUUCAUAUUUUCCGCUGGAAGGAUAGCUAGCCUUACUGGUUCUAUGCUAAAUUUGCUGGUUAUUCUGUUGUUGUCACGUCUCUACACUUACCUGGCACAAAUUCUGACACGAUGGGAAAUGCACCGCACCCAGACCAAAUAUGAGAAUGCGUUCAUCCUCAAGGUCUUCAUCUUCCAGUUUGUCAACUUCUACUCAUCUCCUGUUUACAUUGCUUUUUUCAAGGGCAGGUUUGUUGGAUACCCUGGAAACUAUAACACACUCCUAGGAAUCCGAAAUGAGGAUUGUGGUGCCUCUGGAUGUCUCAUUGAACUAGCUCAAGAACUGUUAGUUAUUAUGGUAGGCAAACAGGUCAUCAGCAACAUCCAGGAAUUUGUCUUGCCUAAAUUAAAGACAUGGUGGCACAGGAGGAAGCUGAAGCCAGCUCCCAGUCAGGAGGUGAUUGAUGAACCAGACAGGCAGCCAGAGCUCAGCCCAUGGGAAGCAAACUAUCAGUUGCUGGUGUGUGAGGGGCUGUUCGAUGAGUAUCUAGAGAUGGUUCUGCAGUUUGGCUUCAUCACCAUCUUUGUAGCAGCCUGUCCCUUGGCUCCAUUGUUUGCUUUGAUAAAUAAUUGGGUGGAGGUGCGUCUCGAUGCCCAGAAGUUUGUGUGUGAGUACCGCAGGCCUGUCGUGGAAAGAGCACAAGACAUUGGCAUCUGGCUGACCAUCCUAAAGUUCAUUUCCUACCUGGCUGUCAUCAGUAAUGCUUUCCUGAUUGCCUUCACGUCUGAUUUCCUGCCGCGGCUCUAUUAUCGCUACACUACAGGCAGCAUGAGAGGAUACAUCGACUUCACCCUCUCAGCGGCCCCUGCAAACUUCACCCAAAGCCACAUGACAUGCAGAUAUCGAGGCCUCAGGGAUGAUAAAGGGCAGCCCACACAAGAUUACUAUCAUCUGCUGGCCAUUCGACUGAGUUUCGUCAUUAUAUUUGAGCAUGUUGUUCUCCUGAUUGGUCGUAUUAUUGACUGGAUGGUGCCAGAUAUUCCAGAGGAGGUGGAAAUUAAGAUCAAACGAGAGCAUUACAUGGCCAAAGAGGCACUGGCUGAAAAUCAGUCAUUGAGUAGAACCGUUCUUGAAGAAAUGGAGAGGCAAGUCUCUGAGCUGCGAUACAGAGGAAGAACACAGAGUCCUAACAACAUCUCGUCUCCCUCCAGUCCGUCUCCUGAACAUGAAGACAAACCUACACUCUGAUAUUUGACUCUUUUUAUAAACCAAUCUACAAUGU